AUGGUCGAUGAAAGCUGUUGGAUACCUCCAGAGAGUGAGAAAAUUAUCGUUGGAAGAGUACAGGUACCACAAAGUGGCAUAUUGUCUGUCUUAAACAGUUGCAAGGAUGAUCUUCCUAAUGGUGUUUUGGUUGGAUCUUGCUUAGUCAAUAUGGAAGACAAAGAACCUGUUCAGGUUUUAAAUGUCAGAGAUAAGAAAAUUCGCCUUGCUAAGGGAACCCAUUUGGGAAAGUUGACAGAAGUCAGUGAGGAUAUUGGUUCAGCAGUAGUAAGUGUAGAUACAGCACAUCAAAUUGAAGUUGAUGAAACGAUAGGUAGAAAAGCUGAAAGUGAAACUGUACCAGCCCACUUACUGGAGCUUGCAGAGAAAUCUUCCAAGAAUAUGACGAAAUCUGAACAACAGGCACUUGUCAGCUUACUCUCUGAAUUUAAGGAUAUUUUCUCCAGAGAGGAAUAUGACCUUGGUACUUUUACUGUAAUUAAGCACCAAAUCAACACAGAUGGAGCCAAACCUAUCAGACAACCUGCGAGACGAACACCUCUAAGUUUUCAGAGUGAAGAAGCUGACUAUUUGAAAAAGCAAUUGGAAAAUGGUGUGGUAGUCCCCUCAAGCUCCGCACGGGCAUCUUCUGUAGUGUUAGUCCGAAAAAAAGAUGGAAGAGUACGCUGGUGCGUGGACUAUCGGAAGUUAAAUGAAGUCACACAGAAAGAUGCUUAA